AUGAGUGGAAUACCCCCCCCUCCUCCUGGUUUUGAAGAGGACGGAGAUUUAUCACUUCCACCGCCACCACCACCACCACCCGGAUUUGAGAUCAAAGAACUAAAUAACCCAUUAGAACAAUCAUGGGUAAGUGAAAAUACAUUUCUUCCGCCUCCACCACCUCCUCCAAGUGACUUUGAAAUAGAUAUUGAGCAAACUGCAGAAACUACUCUACCACCGCCACCGCCACCGCCAGGUCUUGAUGGACAAGAGAAGAGUAUAGCAAAAAAUGAAGGAUUACAUGGAAAAAGGAAAUUGGAUUCAUUGAAGGGGUCUUUCAUCACUAGAAAAGUAAGAAAGCGUCAAAAAAAAAUGGCCAGAAAGGUAGACAAAACCAGUUUUUAUUCUCCUAAAGCCGAAAUGCCUCCUGAACAUCUAAGGAAAAUUAUCAAUAAUCAUAGCGACAUGGCCUCCAAAAUGUACAAUACAGACAAAAAGGCAUUUUUAGGCGCUCUAAAGUACUUACCACAUGCAAUAUUGAAAUUGUUAGAGAACAUGCCUCAUCCAUGGGAGCAGGCUAAAGAAGUCAAGGUUUUAUAUCACACUUCAGGGGCCAUAACAUUUGUGAAUGAAACACCGAGAGUAAUAGAACCCGUGUAUACCGCUCAAUGGUCAGCCACGUGGAUAGCAAUGAGAAGGGAAAAACGAGAUAGGACCCAUUUUAAAAGAAUGAGAUUCCCACCUUUCGAUGAUGAUGAACCCCCUUUGUCAUAUGAACAGCACAUAGAAAACAUUGAGCCACUGGACCCUAUAAAUCUUUCCUUAGACUCUCAAGAUGAUGAGUAUGUUAAGGAUUGGCUCUACGAUUCUCGACCCUUGGAGGAAGAUGGUAAAAAAGUCAAUGGUACAUCCUACAAAAAGUGGAAUUUUGAAUUACCUGAAAUGUCGAACUUGUAUAGAUUAUCGACGCCACUGCGAGACGAAAUAACUGAUAAAAACUACUACUAUCUUUUCGAUAAAAAGUCUUUUUUUAAUGGCAAAGCACUUAACAACGCAAUUCCUGGUGGACCUAAAUUCGAGCCUUUAUACCCAAGAGAGGAAGAAGAAGAUUAUAAUGAAUUCAAUUCUAUAGAUAGAGUUAUAUUCAGAGUCCCUAUUAGAAGCGAAUACAGGGUAGCAUUUCCUCAUCUAUACAAUUCAAGACCACGUUCAGUGCAUAUACCUUGGUAUAAUAAUCCAGCGUCGUGUAUUAUUCAGAAUGAUGAGGACUACGACACAUCUGCAUUUUUUUUUGAUUCAUCUUUAAAUCCAAUACCUCACUUCACCGAUAAUACUAUCUCCUCAAGCGCCUUAAACGCAAAGGAUAGCGAUUUUACUUUGUCUGAAAAUUUUGCACCCCUUCUUGCUGAAGAGGAAGAGCUUGCUUUGCCUAACACGAAGGAUGCCAUGUCACUAUAUCAUUCACCUUAUCCAUUUAAUAGGACCACUGGCAAAAUGGUGAGAGCACAAGACGUUGCCUUAGCUAAAAAAUGGUUUCUACAACAUCCCGAUGACGAGUACCCUGUUAAAGUUAAGGUGUCUUAUCAAAAGCUACUGAAGAACUACGUACUUAACGAACUACAUCCUACUUCACCUACGAAUCACAAUAAAACUAAAUUAUUGAAAAGUCUAAAAAGUACAAAAUAUUUUCAGCAAACCACGAUUGAUUGGGUAGAGGCAGGACUCCAGUUAUGUCGUCAAGGACACAAUAUGCUAAAUCUAUUGAUUCACCGAAAGGGCCUAACUUAUUUACAUCUUGACUAUAAUUUCAAUUUGAAACCAACGAAAACCUUAACGACAAAAGAACGUAAAAAAUCAAGACUUGGUAACUCUUUCCACCUGAUGCGAGAGCUACUGAAAAUGAUGAAACUGAUUGUAGAUACGCAUGUCCAGUUUAGAUUGGGAAAUAUUGACGCAUUCCAAUUAGCAGAUGGUAUACAUUAUAUUCUGAACCAUUUGGGACAGUUAACUGGUAUUUAUCGUUAUAAAUAUAAGGUAAUGCACCAGAUUCGUGCAUGCAAAGAUCUGAAACACGUCAUAUAUUACAAAUUCAAUAAGAAUUUGGGAAAAGGUCCCGGUUGUGGGUUUUGGCAACCUGCAUGGAGGGUAUGGCUAAGUUUUUUAAGAGGCACCAUACCCUUACUAGAAAGAUAUAUUGGAAACCUUAUUACUCGACAAUUUGAGGGUCGGUCUAAUGAAAUUGUUAAAACCACAACUAAACAAAGACUUGAUGCGUACUAUGAUCUUGAGUUACGAAACUCGGUUAUGGAUGACAUACUAGAAAUGAUGCCUGAAAGCAUCCGACAAAAAAAAGCAAGAACUAUAUUACAACAUUUAAGUGAGGCUUGGAGGUGUUGGAAAGCCAAUAUUCCUUGGGACGUUUCUGGCAUGCCGGCCCCUAUUAAAAAGAUAAUAGAACGAUAUAUAAAAGCCAAAGCUGAUGCCUGGGUUUCUGCAGCUCAUUAUAAUAGAGAACGUAUCAAGCGUGGUGCUCACGUCGAAAAGACUGUGGUUAAAAAGAACUUAGGGCGCUUAACGAGACUCUGGAUCAAAAAUGAACAGGAACGUCAAAAGCAAAUACAGAAAAACGGACCUGAAAUAACACCCGAAGAGGCUACAACGAUUUUUUCUGUCAUGGUUGACUGGCUUGAAUCAAGGAGCUUUUCACCAAUACCAUUUCCUCCUUUAACAUACAAGAAUGAUACUAAGAUUUUGGUUCUUGCACUGGAAGAUUUAAAAGAUGUCUACGCAUCAAAAGCACGUUUAAAUGCAUCUGAAAGAGAAGAGCUUGCGUUGAUAGAAGAAGCUUAUGAUAAUCCUCACGAUACAUUAAACAGAAUUAAGAAGUACCUGCUGACCCAACGCGUUUUUAAGCCUGUCGACAUAACUAUGAUGGAAAACUAUCAAAAUAUCUCCCCUGUUUAUUCAGUAGACCCCUUGGAAAAAAUUACCGAUGCGUAUCUUGAUCAAUAUUUGUGGUACGAAGCCGACCAACGGAAGCUUUUCCCAAACUGGAUAAAACCAAGCGAUUCAGAGAUACCACCUCUUCUAGUCUAUAAAUGGACUCAGGGUAUAAAUAACUUAUCUGAAGUUUGGGACGUAUCCAGGAGUCAAUCUACGGUUUUGCUUGAGACUACAUUAGGUGAAAUGGCCGAAAAAAUUGACUUUACUUUACUUAAUAGAUUACUUCGCCUGAUCGUAGAUCCAAAUAUUGCUGACUACAUUACUGCAAAAAAUAAUGUUGUAAUCAACUUCAAGGAUAUGAGCCACGUCAAUAAAUAUGGCUUAAUACGGGGAUUAAAAUUCGCCUCAUUCAUAUUCCAAUAUUACGGACUAGUUAUAGAUCUUUUAUUACUAGGCCAAGAGAGGGCUGCUGAUUUGGCUGGUCCAGCUAACAAUCCAAACGAAUUUAUGCAAUUCAAGAGCGCAGAAAUAGAAAAAGCACAUCCAAUCAGACUUUAUACCAGGUAUCUGGAUCGUAUAUAUGUUCUUUUUCGCUUGGAAGAGGAUGAGGGUGAUGAAUUAACUGAUGAAUACUUAGCGGAAAAUCCUGAUCCAAACUUCGAGAAUAGCAUUGGAUAUAAUAAUAGAAAAUGUUGGCCCAAAGAUUCGCGCAUGAGGUUAAUCCGUCAAGACGUUAACCUAGGGCGAGCAGUAUUCUGGGAAGUUCAAGGUAGGGUACCAAAUUCAUUAACAUCGAUUAAAUGGGAGAAUGCUUUUGUUUCAGUAUAUAGCAAAAACAAUCCGAACUUACUCUUUUCCAUGUGCGGAUUUGAGGUCAGGAUAUUACCAAGACAGAGGAUGGAAGAAGUGGUUUCUAAUGAUGAAGGUGUUUGGGAUUUAAUUGACGAACGAACGAAGCAAAGGACCGCAAAAGCUUACUUGAAAGUAUCCCAGGAGGAAAUUGAUAAAUUUGACAGUAGAAUAAGGGGUAUAUUAAUGGCUUCCGGUUCAACAACUUUUACUAAAGUGGCCGCGAAAUGGAACACGUCCUUGAUAUCUCUUUUCACGUACUUUAGAGAGGCUAUUGUCGCUACAGAGCCGUUACUGGAUAUCCUGGUGAAAGGAGAAACCCGAAUUCAAAAUCGUGUUAAACUAGGUUUAAAUUCAAAAAUGCCAACAAGAUUUCCGCCCGCCGUUUUCUAUACCCCAAAGGAGCUUGGUGGUUUAGGUAUGAUUAGUGCUUCUCAUAUUUUAAUCCCUGCAUCCGAUUUGAGUUGGUCAAAACAGACUGAUACCGGAAUUACACAUUUCCGAGCUGGUAUGACGCAUGAGGACGAAAAAUUGAUCCCCACUAUUUUUCGUUACAUUACUACUUGGGAAAAUGAAUUCUUAGAUUCUCAGAGGGUAUGGGCCGAAUAUGCGACAAAAAGGCAGGAAGCUAUUCAGCAAAACAGAAGAUUGGCUUUCGAAGAACUUGAAGGAUCGUGGGAUCGUGGUAUACCUCGUAUUAGCACCUUGUUUCAAAGAGAUAGACACACUCUGGCAUAUGAUAGGGGUCACAGAAUUCGUAGGGAAUUUAAACAGUAUUCUUUAGAGAGAAAUAGUCCGUUUUGGUGGACAAAUUCUCACCAUGAUGGUAAAUUAUGGAACUUGAAUGCGUACAGAACCGACGUUAUUCAAGCCCUCGGAGGUAUUGAAACCAUCUUAGAACAUACUUUAUUCAAGGGGACUGGUUUUAAUUCAUGGGAGGGUUUGUUUUGGGAAAAAGCGUCCGGUUUUGAGGAUUCAAUGCAAUUUAAAAAGCUAACUCAUGCACAAAGAACAGGUUUGAGCCAGAUUCCAAAUCGUAGAUUCACCUUAUGGUGGUCGCCAACUAUUAACAGAGCAAAUGUGUAUGUCGGUUUCUUAGUACAGUUAGAUCUGACUGGUAUUUUCCUCCAUGGUAAAAUUCCCACUUUAAAAAUAUCUUUGAUACAAAUAUUCCGUGCUCAUCUGUGGCAAAAAAUACACGAAAGUAUAGUCUUUGAUAUUUGUCAAAUCCUUGAUGGUGAGCUAGAUGUUUUGCAAAUCGAAUCUGUAACGAAAGAGACAGUCCAUCCUCGUAAAUCAUACAAAAUGAACUCUUCUGCUGCUGAUAUCACCAUGGAAAGUGUUUACGAAUGGGAAGUUUCUAAACCUUCUCUAUUACAUGAAACAAAUGACUCUUUUAAGGGAUUGAUGACCAGUAAAAUGUGGUUUGAUGUGCAAUUGAGAUAUGGUGAUUACGAUUCUCAUGAUAUAUCUCGUUAUGUAAGAGCAAAAUUCCUUGAUUAUACCACAGAUAACGUAAGCAUGUAUCCCUCACCAACAGGUGUUAUGAUUGGUAUCGAUUUGGCCUAUAACAUGUAUGAUGCUUAUGGUAAUUGGUUCAAUGGAUUAAAGCCUUUGGUACAAAAUAGUAUGAGGACGAUUAUGAAGGCUAACCCAGCAUUAUACGUUCUUCGUGAACGUAUUAGAAAAGGUCUUCAAAUAUAUCAAUCUAGCGUACAGGAGCCGUUCUUAAACUCCUCAAACUAUGCUGAACUAUUCAAUAAUGAUAUCAAACUUUUUGUUGACGACACUAAUGUUUAUAGAGUUACUGUUCACAAGACUUUUGAAGGUAACGUUGCGACAAAGGCAAUAAAUGGUUGUAUUUUUACUUUAAAUCCAAAGACUGGGCAUCUUUUCUUAAAAAUCAUCCAUACCUCUGUAUGGGCCGGUCAAAAACGUCUAAGUCAGUUGGCGAAAUGGAAAACAGCCGAAGAAGUUAGUGCUCUUGUAAGGUCUCUUCCCAAGGAAGAACAACCUAAACAAAUUAUUGUCACACGAAAGGCAAUGCUUGAUCCUUUGGAAGUUCAUAUGCUUGACUUUCCCAACAUAGCGAUUAGACCAACGGAAUUGAGACUACCGUUUUCAGCUGCGAUGUCAAUAGAUAAACUUUCCGAUGUUGUAAUGAAAGCAACCGAACCUCAAAUGGUUCUUUUCAAUAUUUAUGAUGAUUGGUUGGACCGCAUUUCAUCAUACACCGCCUUUUCUAGACUUACACUACUUUUAAGGGCUUUGAAAACAAAUGAAGAAAGCGCCAAAAUGAUUCUACUCAGUGACCCGACGAUCGCUAUCAAAUCAUACCAUUUAUGGCCUUCAUUCACUGACGAACAAUGGAUCAAUAUCGAAUCUCAAAUGAGAGAUUUAAUUUUGACAGAAUAUGGAAGAAAAUACAACGUUAAUAUUUCUGCCUUGACUCAAACGGAAAUUAAGGAUAUUAUAUUGGGGCAGAAUAUUAAAGCGCCAUCUGUCAAAAGGCAAAAGAUGGCCGAAUUAGAGGCUGCUAGGAAUGAAAGACAAAACGACGAAGAAACGACAGGAGCAUCAACUGUUAUGAAGACUAAAACUAUCAAUGCUCAAGGCGAAGAAAUAGUUGUAGUAGCUUCUGCUGAUUAUGAAAGUAAAACGUUCAGCUCAAAGAAUGAAUGGAGGAAAUCUGCAAUUGCUAAUACAUUAUUACAUUUGAGAUUGAAAAAUAUUUACGUUUCAGCCGAUGACUUUGUGGAGGAACAGAAUGUUUACGUUCUUCCUAAAAAUUUACUAAAGAAUCUUAUCGAGAUAUCUGAUGUGAAAAUUCAGGUGGCUGCCUUUCUUUAUGGUAAGGAGGCCAAGGAUCAUCCGAAAGUAAAGGAAAUCAAAACUGUUGCGUUAGUACCCCAGUUGGGCCACGUAGGGUCAGUUCAGUUGAGCAACAUUCCUGACAUUGGAAGCCUUCCAGACACAAAAGGACUCGAACUAUUAGGUUGGAUUCAUACUCAAACAGAAGAGUUCAAAUUUAUGACGGCAUCUGAAGUAACAACUCACUCCAAACUUUUUGCGGAUAAAAAAAGAGACUGUAUUGAUAUUUCCAUUUUCUCCUCACCGGGGUCAAUAUCAUUAAGCGCUUACAAUCUAACCGAUGAAGGUUACCAAUGGGGAGAAGAAAACAAGGACAUAACAAAUGUGAUAUCAGAAGGGUUUGAACCUACAUUUAGCACGCAUGCGCAACUUUUACUUUCUGAUCGUAUCAUAGGUAAUUUUAUAAUCCCAUCGAGAAACGUUUGGAACUACACAUUUAUGGGCACAGCAUUUAACCAAGAAGGAGAUUACACUUUCAAAUACGGUAUUCCUUUGGAAUUUUAUAAUGAGAUGCAUCGUCCCGUUCACUUUUUGCAGUUUAAUGAGUUAGCAGACGAUGAAGAGUUAGAAGCUGAGCAAGUAGACGUAUUCAGCUAG